AUGUCUGGGAUCGAGAUAGCUGGACUCGUUCUUGGAGCUCUUCCGCUUCUUAUUGAAGCUCUGAAGAAAGGUCAGGAAGGAUGGACCGCCUUCCGAAAGAUCAGAGUCCAAUUAGAUGACCUGAUCAAUUGCCUGAAGGAACAGAAAUGGAUGUUCAAAAGCUCGACCAAGAUCUUACUGUCCGCCGCUGGUCAAGAUCUGUCAGGCGAUAGUGAGCCCUCUGCGCUGCUUGCGGACGCUGAGACGCGUAAUCAGCUGGAGGAGUAUCUGGAGAACGAUGCUGACACACUCGCGGUGUUCGAUAGGAUCAUGGCUGACUAUAAAGCAAGCCUGACUGCAAUUAUAGGGAAGCUUGAACACAUUGGUCCGUUCUCACUGGAGGCGAAGAGUAUACAAGCUGCAACCGCAAAGAAAGCUGAUAACGGAGGAUUUCCUUUCGACAAACGCUUGAAGUUCACCAUGAAGCGAUCAGAGAUGAAAGAAGAGAUCAGCAAUCUUGAUCGGUGCAACGCCAGAUUCAAGAGCCUGACUGAUCGCGUCCAAGAGCUCAAUCGCAACCAGGUACGCGACCUGACGAAAGAGGAGGCAGCAAAGAGGCUGGCCCGGGAACUCCAUGACAUUCGACAUCGCGCAAUUGGGCUCCAUACUGCAAUGGAGUCCUCCUGGGACAAGAAAUGCCAGCCCUCGCACACAACGAUGCUGAUCCUAGAGAGCAGAACCACAUUUGGCAAAGUACAGAACAGGAAUAGAAACGACGACGCAAGCUUUCACUGCUUACUAGCCUGCGGGGACCCUGGACACAGGUGUAAUGAAGCCUUCUUCAGUUUCGAUUCCAAGACUACAGCAGCAGGAAAACAGGCAAUCGCAGACCUGUGCUCGCAUUUGAUCCAUCCUGUUCAAGGCAAAGCCACUGCCUUGAGCAUUGACGCGCAAUACAAGCUCUUUGCGGCGAUGGCUGAGCAGAAAGCACACUUCGAUCUCGCAAAAGGGUCGGAAACUGUCACACUGGAACAGCUGCUCAUGCAGCACGCGCGUCUUUCACCGCAGCACAAAACGCAGCUGGCUCUGGAUAUCGCAUCGUCAUUGCUCCAGCUCCAGACGACGCGUUGGCUCGAGAAGUCAUGGACCAGCAAAGUCAUCCACUUCAUGCGCCAUCAUUUCGGUGGGAAACAGAUAGUAGACUACCAGAAACCCUUCAUCACUCGAUCUUUCCCCAGCAUUGGUCCAGGCCAUGGCGAUGAUCACGUCAAAGAUGAUCUUCUCGAACUCGGCAUUCUUCUACUGGAAGUGUGGAAUCUACAGACGUUUGAAGACUGGGCGGCUAGCAGUGGAAUAGCCCUGAGAGCCGGCUACUACGCUCGCAUGGCGCCUGCGGCUCAGUGGCUGGAGGAGUCGGAAUCAGAGUUCAUGCUGCCGUCAUACAGCGACGCUGUGUCAGUCUGCGUGAAGUUCUCCUUCGAAGGUGUGCCGCAUCGCUGGGACCAUCCGGAGUUCAGGAGAGCUUUCUGUGAGAAAGUUCUGAGCAAGCUGCAAGAGAACCACAAAGCCUGGGUGCGAGCUUGA